AGUAAAUAGAAUCGAGCGCGUGAGUAUUAACACGUUGCGAGCAAGAAAGAAGCAGAUAGAUACACAGAAAGUGAGAGGAAGAGAGAGAGGGCAAAUGGUGAAAGGGAGGGGGAGUUAGAAGAAGAGAGAUUUACGAUAAACGUAUGGUUGCAAAGGAGAGAGAUAGAGAGUGAAAGAGUAAGGGUGGGGGAAGCAUGAGGAAGACAAGACCAGGCGGACAGGCUGGCAGACAGACCUGUCCGAUUCACAACUCGCAAUCCGCGACCGGUGCCUGUAUUUCAGCUGCUAUUCCGCACUUCUACCGCUAACAUACAUUUGAGAGAAUAUCAGAAUCAGAUUCGUACGGCGUAGCAGCAAAAUCGGAUCGGUGUAGAAAACAGCACGCAACGCGAGAGAAGCAAAGAGAGAGAGAGAGAGAGAGAGGGAGAAAGGGUGGGAGGGAGAAAGAGAGAGUGAGAGAGAGAGAGAGAAAGAGUGGGAGAUAGAGUGCGAGAGAGAGAGAGAGAGAGAGAGAGAGAGAGAGAGAAAGAGAGAGACAGAGACAGACAGAGCAAACGAGCGCCGUUACGAUAAAAGAGAAGUUUUUCGGAGCGUGUUCAGAAGCGUUCAAUGGUCGAAGCAGCUAUGCGCCACGCCGUCGUAGGGCUCCUAGCUAGCUAGUUCCAACUACGGGAGGUCUCUCGGGCCGCAGUUACGACCUCGAGAACGAGCGGGUUCACCUCGCGAAGAUGACCAUAAUAGUCUUUUUGAUCGACACAUCGGCCUCCAUGAAUCAGAGGGUUUAUUUGGGCGGGCGGCCCACGCUUUUGGAUGUAGCCAAGAGCGCAGUGGAGACUUUCGUGAAGGUACGACAAAGAUCACCGGAGAGCCGCGGAGAUCGUUAUAUGCUCCUGACCUUCGAAGAUCCGCCCCAGAAUAUCAAGGCUGGUUGGAAAGAAAAUUUAGCGACCUUUAUGAACGAAUUGAAAAACUUACAAUGUGUUGGCCUUACGACUUUAGGUGCCGCAUUAAAACAUGCUUUGGAUGUAUUGAAUAUAAAUCGGAUGCAAACUGGGAUUGAUACGUAUGGUCAAGGAAGAUGUCCGUUUUAUUUAGAACCAUCUGUAAUUGUUGUUAUAACAGAUGGUGGAAAAUAUACGACCAAUAGUGGAGUACAUCAAGAUUUUACUUUGCCAAUGCAUUCUCCUAUACCUGGAUCAGAAUUAACAAAGGAACCAUUUAGAUGGGACCAAAGGCUAUUUUCUUUGGUGUUAAGAUUAUCGGGAACACCGGCCGUCGAACGAGAUACGGGUUUAGUUGCAAGUGAUUCAUCGCCAAUAGAUGCGAUGUGUGAAGUAACUGGAGGUCGCUCAUACUGCAUAACAUCCUUUAGAAUGAUGAUGCAAUGCAUUGAUUCGUUAGUACAAAAAGUUCAAUCCGGCGUAGUAAUAAAUUUUGAAAAGAUUGGGCCAGAUCCUCCGCCGCUUUCUAAUGAGGUACAACAUCAGGAUGAAGAUGAGAACGAAGAUGAAAAUAAUACUAACAAUGGUCCUCGAACUCAGUAUUCUACAAACCCAACAGUACCAGGAAACACAGCAUGGCAUUCUUGUAGAAGAUUGAUUUAUGUUCCACGUUCGGCACAGAAAGGAUUUGCAGUUGGCUUUUGGCCAAUUCCAGAAAGUUUUUGGCCAGACUUAAGUGCUAGUUCACUGCCACCAAGAUCUGCACAUCCCAAUGUCAAGUUUACCUGUACCAGUCAAGAACCAAUGGUGAUAGAAAAUCUACCAUUUGACAAAUAUGAAUUGGAACCUAGCCCACUAACACAGUACAUUUUAGCCAGAAAACAACCAACAAUAUGUUGGCAAGUAUUUGUAGCAAAUUCUUAUAAGUCCAGUGAGGUUGGCCAUCCCUUUGGAUAUUUGAAAGCAAGCACAAACUUAACUUGUGUAAAUUUAUUCGUUAUGCCAUAUAAUUAUCCUGUGUUGCUACCCUUAUUGGAAGAAUUAUUUAAAGUACAUAGGCUAAAACCAACAAACGAAUGGAGAACACAGUUUCAAAAUUAUAUGAGAACCAUGCCUACUUAUUAUGCUGCAUCAUUAAGGAGAGCAUUAACUAGAAUGGGUGCACCUACCCCACUAGCACAAACUCUAAUACCUGAUAAUAUGGAUAAUUCCCUAUCAUAUAGUGUUUUAAAUUAUUUAAAACGCUUGAAAAAUCAAGCUAAAAUAGAGUUUGAUAGAUUAUGCAACGAAGUUAUUUCCAAACAAGUUGCAGCUGCUAAUAUGACCAAAAAUUUAACAAAUUCUAGUACAACUACCAUAACGGAAGGUGUUAGAGUUAUUCCCAGAACACCAUUAAAAAAAGAUUUGGUAUCACAUCCCUUGUUGCAAGACAAAUUCACAGGACUUAGAGAUCAAUUAAAUGAAUUUGGUGGAUUUGUAGUUGGUUUAGUAAAAAAUCAACAACAACAGCGUGGUGCACAGAGCUACCGUAAUGCUUUUGAUGUACCAAGAAAAUCGCUUUUGGAUCAAGUUGUGAGAAUGCGUGCGAAUUUUUUGCAACCUGGAUUAUUACACACAAAACUAUUGGAUGACGAUUAUGUUCAUUCAAUGCCUUUAGCACAGAUGGGAAAUUAUCAAGAAUAUUUAAAAAGGAUGACACCACCUUUAAGAGAGAUUGAAAGUGUACCUGUUAGACAACAUAUGUUUGGUAAUCCUUUUAAAAUAGAUAAGCGGAUGAUGGUAGAUGAAGCAGAUAUUGAUAUGGUUGGAGCAACAUCUUCUACUUCAAAAGGUGGUAUAAAGCGUUCUUUGCCACCUUCAGAUGGGGGAGGGACACCCAUUCCAAGACCACCUCCAAAUAAAAGAAAACCAGGCCCUAUUCCAAAAGAUGUAAUCGUACGAAGACCUUCAUAUUCUCCUGCUAAUACACCUCCAAGUUCUCCAAUACCUUGGAUGGAUGAAACCAAAAAUCAAGUGCUCUCAAAUUUUGAAUUAAAUACUUCACCAAAUUUAAUAAAUGCAAGUCAUGUAACAAGUACACCAUGUGCAAGUUCACAAGAAAAAUUAGUGAACGGACUUGCGGAAAUGCCAACAAUACCUAUUUUUGAAGCUAUUUCAGCCGAACACGUUAAUAAUCAUAUGGAUAGUCCACCUACUUUAACACCAAUUGUAGUUAAUAAUGUUGACAGCUUGAAAAGUGAUGUUAAAAGUGAAAGGAUAGAUCUUGUUAAUGUGGAAAGUAAUAGACUGCCUUCUAACGAUAGCAGCGAAAAUAGUGUAAAAAUUGAAAGUGCAGUUGAAGAUAGAUUGACAAAUCAUGUUGAAGAGAAACGAGAACCGAAGAUAGAAAAAGAAAAGGUCUUGUCGAAAAAAGAAUUAGAGGAUAUAAGAAGACACAAUUUAUCAGUCAGAGAACUUGUUUACAAAGAAGUACGAAGACGGGGAACAAAUCACGCAACAUUAUUUUCGCAUCUGCACCAAAUUCAAGGAACAUUGGAUAUUCGACUUGCAUUUGUGAAAGACAUUGUUAAAGAAUCGUUACGCUUUAAAAGACGUAAUUUAGCUACACUAUUAGAAGAAUAUCUUAAGACUAUACAAGAAGACGUUUGGACAGUGAAUCACAAGGUGAAUCACAAUGGUGCCACAAAAAUAAGCUAGGCAUUAAUCGUCUUGUAAAAAAGGAUUGUUUUAAAGAAGGCAUGAAGCUCUUUUUGAAAUGACUUAUAAAAAAGUCAAUAGAGUAUAAAGCACAUGCUGUGCAUACUUUUAACUUUAAAAAAAAAAAGAAAAAAAAAGAAAAAAAAAAGAAAAGAAGAAGAAGAUUAGUAAUAUUCAAAAAUAAAUAUUGCAAAAUGCUUGAAUAGUAGCAGCAAUUUCUAUUGAUAAAUGCACUUUAGGUGUUAACCAAGAAGAUACCACUCUUUUAUAUCGUUUAAUUAAUAUUUUUAUUUUAUGAGUGUUCAGUUGGUAGAAAAUUUGUUUUUUUGUUGUUAUCUGUAUAUAAUUAAAUACUUAUAUUAUGACAAUAAAUUCUUCCUAAAGUUGGAAUUUGCAGAUUUUUCAACAUUACGAACAGAAAUAUACGCAAUUUAUAAAUAAGACAUUAAGAUUUCUUGUCGGACAAAUCUGAUUGAUUUGAAAUAACAUAAUGCACAUUACAUGAUUUCCUUUUAGUAGAUUAUUGGAUAAAAAAAAUGCAAUGUACAGUAACGUUAUCAAUUACGUGAACACGUUCGUUUAAGUAGGCGUAUUAAUUAUAUUUUAUACUCCAGUUUACAAUUCUCAAUGCAAUCUACACUUCUCGAAACUUUCUUUCAAUUUAUAGUCUUGGAUGCAGGCAUGCAAGACAAUUCGAGGUGUAAAGUAAUGUCUAAAGAUCAAUUAUAUUAUACAAAUACUUAUUUGUAUAGUAUUUGAAUUGUGAUCUGACUUAAUAGUCAAGUAAAAAUUUUUUUUUAUCUGCUAUGAGAAUUGUAAAUAUGACAUAAAUCAAACAAAUAAAGGUAUUCUACCAGCUGUACAGUCCUUAGAGCCCAUAUCAAAUUCAGAAAAAAAAUCAUAUAACUAAAGUUAUAUUUAUUAUCUGAUUAUGAUUCAUAUGUUUGAAUCUAUAAUUUUUCAAAUAAAAUCAUAAUUAAGAAUUCUAUAUCAUAAGAAACUCCAACAUGACACAGUUUUAAGAACUGUGUAGAUUUUGUUAUAUAAAUUAUUCAUGUUAUAAAGUUGAAGUGAGAUCUAAUUUCUGUAAAUUUAUAAAGAGAAAAUUUGAGAUUAUUCUUGUUUAUUAUGCCUUUUCUCCUCUUUAAUGCAUAUCUUCUGUUACAAACAGAGAUUUCAUAGGUGUAUAUUUUGUAUUCAAAGAUUAGUACAUAUUUUAUCAUGUAAUUUGCUAAAUUAAAAAUAUCAUGGAAAGUAGAAACGUUUUGUUGGAAUGAACUAUUUCACCUAAAUUUACUAUGUGUAUAAACCAUCGAUGUAUAUGACAGAGUAGCUAUCGUAAAAACUGUUGUAAGAAUAAGUUUUACAUCUAGCAAAAGAUAAUUUAUAAAAUGGAAUGUAUUAUAACAUUUUCCAUAAAGGGUUGAUAGUGCCUGACGUUAUUAAAGAUUGAAGUAAGAAUGUAUUUAUAUUCGAUUUGCUUUGCAUUGAAGCACUUUCAUAGAACUGCUACUAAUGCAAAAGCAUUCGAAUGAAAGAUCAUAAGUAAAAUAGAAAAUCCUUUUUAAAUUGUGUAAUGUUUAUUAAUAUUUAAAAAAAAUUAAAUAAUGUUAUCAUGGCGUUUUGACUUUCAUAUAAGAGAAAUUUUGUAAGUAAAAAACUGAGUAUGUACAAUAUAUUAAUACUGUACAAAUUUUUACAUUAUCUUUAUGUGCAAGAUGUAAAUAUAUAUGUAAAACUUUGAUGAUUACCAAAUUUAGUAAACUAAUGACAAACGUUAAAUGUCCGAGCUUAUUUAUGAUGUAAUUAAAUUAUUAUUGAUUUUAUUACUCUAUUAAUAGUUUCCAUUUUAAUGUGAUUAGAGAAAAUUAACUCAUGUGAAUUGUUUGUGAAAAUUAUUAAAAAUAGCACAAUCACACACAGUUUACAUAAAAUAAUAGAAAUUUGACCAAAUAUUAUAUAAGUUAAUUGAAAAAUCAUUGUCAGAAUGAUUAUCUUAUUUUGUAUUAACUUAAAUCUGAAUAAUUACUCUCUUUCCAAAAUCUUAGAAAUUUUAACAGUGCGAAGAAACAUAGUAGAAUUUCUCUGGAAUAGAAGAAGGUAAAAAUUAAAUAAGUAAAACAUGACAUAUCAUUGAUGUUUAGCGACUUUUUUUUAUAAAAAGUUUAACUUCAAGUAAGAUAAUCAAUCUGAGAAUUGAUUUGGGGGUCCUAUGUGAUAUAUGUAUAUAGAUUUGAUACUUGUAAAUCAUUUAGCUUUAAACUACAUAGAAUAACUUUUAUUUAUUGAACGAUUGAGAAAUUUAAAUAUUCCACAGAUUAGUUGUAAAUAAUGGAGCCUAGCUGAGUCUAAAAGACAAUGAUGCUAAACGCUUAUUGGCUCCAAACUAAAUGAAUUUAGUAUUAAAAUAUUCAAUUUAGUAUUAAAAUUAAAUGUAUAAAACACAAAGUGCGAUUUUGUAAGAUAUAUGUUAAUUGAAUAACUAUAGAAAAUAUUUGUAGAUUA